UAAGUACACUUAAUAUUUUCCUUCUUGUGCUGCCAUGAAGUUUAUUUUGUUGCUCGCCGCUGUUUUAGGUUGCGCUUUAGCGUACCCAGCUGCUGAAGAUAGGGUAGUUGGUGGAUCAAACGCUGCCAGAAACCAAUUCCCAUACCAAGCCUCUAUGCAAUGGGGACUUUUGGGUAUCUGGCAACACGUUUGUGGUGGCACCAUUAUUAGUGCUAGAACAGUGCUUACCGCUGCUCAUUGUAUCACCGAAGUUCCAAAUAUUGGUAGCUUUAGAAUUCGCGCCGGUAUCCUUCUUCUCAAUGAUGCAACAACUAUUGGUCAAACUAUUACUGUUUCAAGUAAUGUUAUCCACCCAGAUUACCAAGGAGGAGUUAACCCUCAUGACAUUGCUUUAUUGCGUUUGGCGAACGGUUUAGCCUUUGGAGCAAGCAUUGCCGCCGCCCCUCUUCCAGCUGCCGGAUCCGUUCCAUCCGGAGUAGCUACUUUAUCUGGUUGGGGAUCAACCUCCAGCACUCAAAUUCCCAGCAUGCCAAAUACUUUGCAAUUCGUCAACACCCCACUCAUCACUAUCGCAUUAUGUAGAAGCAGUUUGAUUAGUAUUUUGGGUAACGCCGGUCCUCUUCACAACAACAACGUUUGCACCUUGGGUGCUGGACAAAGUGCUUGCUCCGGUGACUCUGGUGGCCCAUUGACCCUUAAUGGAGCAGUCAUCGGUGUCGUUUCUUGGGGAAUUAUGCCUUGCGCUACUCCUGGUGCUCCAAGCGUUUACGGAAGGGUUAGCGCUUACAACGGAUGGAUAAACAGCAAUAUAUUGUAAAUAAUUAUAAUUUGAAAUGUUUUUGCAGCAAAAAUAAAUAUUUUGACUUAA